UGUUUAAUAGUAGGCAUCACUGCACCACAACGUGCAUUUGGGAUUUUAGAAUUUUUUGGAAAACAUUUGUAGAAAAACAGUGAAAUAUUUUAAAAUAUAAUGGCUGCCAAACGACAACUUAAACAAUUCCAUGAAAUGGAAUUAGAUGAUCGUAUACUAAAGGCCAUUUCAAAAUUAGGCUGGACCGAACCUACACUCAUCCAGGAAGCCGCCAUACCUUUAUUGCUGGAAGGUAAAGAUGUCAUAGUUAAGGCCAGAACAGGUUCCGGCAAAACAGCAGCCUUUGCUUUGCCGUUAAUACAAAAAAUUCUAAAUUCCAAAAUGAAUGCUGACGAACAGUGCACCAGUGCUUUAGUGUUGGCACCCAGCAAGGAACUCUGCCAACAGACCCGCAAUGCCAUGGAACAAAUGAGUGAAAAAUGUGGCAAAGUAUUGCGCGUAGUAGAUCUUUCCUCAACGGAUGUGGUGGCACAACGCCAUCUGCUGUCCGAAAGACCCGAUGUUAUAAUUACUACACCAGCCAAGGUAUUAUCACAUUUACAGUCAGGAGCCAUGGAUUUGAAACGUUUGGAGACAUUGGUGGUGGAUGAGGCAGAUUUGGUAUUUUCUUUUGGUUUCGAAAAGGAUUUCAAAAAAUUGGUGGAAUAUUUGCCAGCCAUUUACCAGGCCGUUUUGGUUUCAGCCACCAUUACCGAUGAUGUGAUGAACAUGAAGAAUGUCAUCUUGAAUAAUCCGGUUAUCUUGAAAUUGGAAGAACCAGAAUUGGUACCAGAAAGUCAACUGUCACAUCAGCGUAUAUUGGCUGAGGAGAACGAUAAACCAGCGAUUUUGUAUGCAUUGCUAAAGUUGCGUCUGAUACGUGGUAAAAAUGUGAUUUUUGUCAAUACCGUGGAUCGCUGUUAUAAAUUAAAAUUGUUCUUGGAACAAUUUAGCAUAAAGUCCUGUGUCCUAAACUCUGAAUUGCCAGCCAAAAUCCGUAUACACACCAUCAAUCAAUUCAAUCAGGGUAUUUAUGAUUUCAUCAUAGCCUCUGAUGAGCAUAUGUUGGAAAAUCCGGGCCGCAAUAAAUCCGAUCGUGAAUCUGGAGCUUCUAGAGGCAUUGAUUUUCAUUGUGUUUCAAAUGUUAUUAACUUUGAUUUCCCACAAGAUGUCAGUUCGUAUAUACAUCGUGCUGGGCGUACAGCUAGAGGUAAUAACAAGGGUACUGUGUUGUCAUUUGUUAGCAUCAAAGAUGCCAAAAUCAAUGAGUCAGUAGAAGAACGUCUAAAGGAGGGUUAUAUGAGUGAUGAACAAGUAAUCAAAAAUUACCAAUUCAAAAUGGAAGAAGUAGAACCCUUCCGUUAUCGCGCCCGCGAUGCCUGGCGUGCUGUUACCCGUAUUGCUGUCCAUGAGGCUCGUGUGAAAGAAAUCAAAAUCGAAAUUUUCAACAGUGAAAAAUUAAAGGGUUUCUUUAAUGAAAACGCCCGUGAUUUGCAAGUUUUACGUCAUGACAAACCUUUGAAGACGGUGAAAGUUCAACCACAUUUAUCACAAGUUCCUGAGUAUAUAGUACCCAAAGCCUUAAAACGUUUAGCUACCACAACGAUAUCCUCAACUAACAACAAGACUCCACGUUAUUUCCAAUCCUCCGCUAAGGCCGCCUAUGAAAGUCAAUCCAGUAAUCCUUUAUUGGUUAGUGAAGUUGAUUUUGGCAAAAAAUCCGGAGGCAGAGGCGGCAAGGGUGGCAAACGUCAUAAGAAGUAAUAUUACAGUUAGAGGAUUUUAUAAUUAUGUCUGUAUGUUUUAAGUAGCUUGUUUGUAGUUUUAGAAGUUAAGUUUUCUUUGUGUAUAGAAAUAUAUGUGGAUUUAUACAUAUUUUGACUUAAA